GCUUUCCGAUUCAUGAAUAAAAAACCAAGGGGGAGUUAAGUUCAUAGGACGCAGGAAAGUUCUCCGCAGACAAAUGUUUGGCGCUCUCCAUGACCGAGUACACGUAGAAAUUCCCGAGAACUGAGCUGCGGGCUGCACACUCGGAACAAGCACAAGACCGGAGAGGCGCUUCACUGGGGGAAUAGAGGAAGAGGAGAGGAAGGGGGAGAAAGAGAGAGAGAGAUCUUAUCUCACUCUCCAACUUGAGGUUCAGCGGAUCGCAACUGCAGGACAAUGUCUAGUAAAGCGACUUUAGCCUUACUCAUCUAUGGAAUCAUAAUGCAUUACAGCGUCCACUGCUCACCUGUGGGGCUUAGCUUUCCAAGCGUUAGACUUGACAGUGAGGUGUAUGAUGAGGAUGGGAACUCUUUACCGUCCCUGGAUUACGACAGAGAGCAGAUGGAGGUGAGGAGCCCUCCGUCUGCGGCGGACGACGUCUUCACUUUGUAUUUCCCACCAGAGAAAAGCGGGGGGAAAACGCUGGACGACAGCUCAGAGCCUCUGUCCAAGCGACACUCAGACGGGAUCUUCACAGACAGCUACAGCCGCUACCGGAAGCAAAUGGCAGUCAAGAAAUACCUGGCAGCAGUCCUGGGGAAAAGCCUUGAAGACAUAGGUUUUCACCCAAUCCUACAAGACAUAGACUUUGAUGCCCUCCCGGACGGGGAUGAGUUUGAGGCUUUUUUGGGAGACUGGCUGAAACAGUUCUCUCCCGAAUUUCCGGUGAGUUUCAGGCUCUUUCCCCGAGGCCGUAAUCCUUGCAGGGGCUUCUCAUGUCUCUUCCUUUUUCACCUUUAACCCCUCAAACAUUCUUCCGCCUCAUUUGUGCUCCUGUCUCUCUAGAGUCUCACAGCUGUGUAACCCUUAACCAUCCCACAAUGUGGAGGGACUUUGCUUAGACUGAUUGAUCAAAAGUUACAGAUGUAUGGAACAAAGAUGAUGAUUCUUUUAGUAGACCUGGGUUAAACCAGAUGUGAGCCCUGCUGGCACUUUACACUUUUAAGAUUUCCCUUUUCUCAAUUCAAAAUGGGAUAAUUUCAAAUCUGAGAUGAGGACCAGAGUACUUUUGAGGUUUUUCUUUCUUCCGCACUAUUUACAGAGUGAGAUCACACCUUUGACUCAUGUACAUUGCCAAUCCUGUGUUUCUAUCAACUGGUUUCUGCUGAAGAUUCUCUCUCUGUCCAUAUAAUAAGUAUCACUAAAUCAGGCACAUUUAAAAAAAAGCAUUACAAAAAAGAAGAAAUGAUACUUGUUACAUGGUCACUCAUUCAUCGAUUUGCUCUUGAGAGACAUACAAGGCAGUUUGAACUUUCUGGGUCUAUUGUGCUUCCUUUUCUGUCAUGUGAACCAAUGUAAAAAAGAAAAAGAAAAAAAAGAAACAGUAGAUUGCAUGAUUAAAGUAAUUGCACUAGCCACUGCAUCUGUGCAGCCGACUCCAACUAGAUGGUUUUGCUUGCUUUCUGACUACUGCAAACAUACAUACCUGUCAUUUCUCGAUGUCGUUUUGUGUUCUGUUCUCACAUUUGUACACUGUAUGUCGAACUUGAAGAAUUAUCUGAAUGUACUUACUGCUGGCAAGAAUCACUCAGUCAAAUGUCAUUCUGUUACUAAACCAACUGAUUUUGUUUGAAAUUGUAAUAUACAAUUUGAAGUGGUCUUUUUCUGUAGAACGCCACAAAGGCUGCCGUGAUCGACACAAUUCGAUUCAAAGAAAAGGAGAAAGACAUCGAGGAAAUAAAGAAAGCAACGAUCAAGAACAUGCUUAUUUUGAAAAGUUGAGGGAGAACAGUUUGUAAAAUCUGCAGGAUAAGACUCACACAUCCCCCCCGUCUUUAUACUUCUUACCAUAUUUGUGAGGAAGGGCAGGGUAAAGUUAUUAGAUCUGUGUUUACUGUAUCAAUCUUUCUUUAAUUUUGCAUUCUCCUCUAGGCUUUGUGACGCAGGAAGCAGUUUGCGGCUGUGGUGCCUUGCAUCGACUUUAAAAUCGCCAUUGAAUCACAGAUGGCUAUUUAGUGGCCCUACAAUGCUGCACAUCAUCAGCUUGCAUUUCACUCUUUUGUUGUUGUUUUUGUGUUGCACAGACGUUUGAUAGAAUCUUUAGAAGCCUCCAGCUUUAGACAACAAGCGUCCUCGCUUGCACUGCUUUCUUUUGCACUAGACGUAGAUUUUUGUGAACAUAAAGGGAAGAAUCAGUUUCCCGCUCUCCAUGAAACGUUAUAUGUAUGAUAAUGAAAGCGCCAAUAGCCUUACAAAAAUGAAAUAAUCUUCAAAGAUAUAUAUAUAUAUUUAUUGUGUAGAAAGUGAAUAUUAGAUUACUACUUCAAAUGGCGAUCUGCAAGGGUCAAUAAAUGUCUAAAAAAAUAAAGUGUUGUAAGAUUUGUAUGAAUAAAUUUUUGUAAACAACAAAAAA